GCGGUCGCGGGUAAGUGUGUCUGGACUGCCGGCUUGCGGUGGGCUUGAGGGGCUGCUCCGCAGGCCCAGGCGCUCGCAGAACCCUAGCCAGUGCGCAGCCUCCUGCCUCCCGCCCUCCUCGGCGCUCUGUCCCGCCGGCUCCUGCAGUGCCCGCCUUCGCUCUCACGAUCAACAGUUGAGGAGCUAAAGCCCAGGACAAUGGUGUGCAUUCCUUGUAUUGUCAUUCCAGUUCUGCUCUGGAUCUACAAAAAAUUCCUGGAGCCAUACAUAUACCCUCUGAUUUCCCCCUUUAUUGCUCGUAUAUGGCCUAAAAAAGCUAAACAAGAAACCAAUGAUACAAACAAAGGCAAAGUAGACUGUAAGGGUGCAGACAUAAAUGGAUUACCAACAAAAGGACCAACAGAGAUCUCUGAUAAAAAGAAAGACUAAAGCAAUUUCCUAAAGGACCACAUCACGUAAAAAAUGGACCUGAUAAUAUGAAGCAUCUUCCUUGUAACUGUCUUUGACCUUUUUAUCUGACACCAGACUUCAGGAUAGAAGUCUAGACACUUACCGGAUACUAAUAAGGAAAUACAUAAUAUCUGUAUUUAAAAUGUAGUUAGUUAUAUUUAAUGACCUUAUUCUUAAGUUCCCUUUUCAUUAAUGUAGCUUUCAUUUCUUUUGCUGUUGUUUUAAUAAUAUGAUGAAAUACAAAGUUUGUGCCAGUAGACACUAUGUUACUAAAUCAGCACUUUAAAAUCUUUGGUUCUCUAUCAUUCAUUCAUAUGAAUUUGACUGCUGUUUGCUGUAAUUUGUUUGGGCUCUUCUAAUUUGAGUGGAGUACAGUUUUAUUAUGAAACUGUGCAGUGAAACUGUGCAGGGAAAUGAAGGUAGAAUUUUGGGAGGUAGUAAUGUUGUGAAACAUAAAGAUAUAAUAAUUACUGUCCAACACAGUAGAGCAGCUUGUCCAUAAAUGUAGUAAUUACUAUUUAUUGCUCUGAGGAAGAUUAAAAAAAAAAAAGAUAGGGAAAAGGGGGAAACUUCUUUGAAAAAUGAAACAUCUUUUACAGAUGUAUCUAAUGUAAUUAUAAGAUGUUAAUCCUUACCACAUUUCUUCCGUUCCUACAAAUGUAUUAAACAUUCAGUUUAACUGGUA